CCGUAAGGCAGUAGAAAUUAGGUGUUGCAGAAGAGAAGCGGCGAUUUUUAAACCUCAUAAUUGAAAGAAUGGAGGACCAGGAGAUGCAGCUUAAAGUGAAAAGAGUAACAGAUAAAUUCACCGACAGUAUGUACGUCCUGGCGAAUGAGCCGUCGGUAGCUCUCUAUAGAUUACAGGAGCACGUCAGGAGGUCUCUGCCCGAACUCGUCCAGCACAAGACAGAUAUGCAGAGCUGGGAGGAGCAGAGCCAGGGUGCUAUCUACUCUGUGGAAUAUGCGUGCAGUGCUGUGAAAAGCAUGACCAACAGCAGCUUGUACUUCAAGAGCAUUGAGGCUCUGCUCCGGCAGACCAUCCACCUCAAGGACCAGAUGAGCGCUUCUCAGGGACGCAGAAAAAGACCUGCAGAUCCUUCUUCGCAGAAGGAUGGCGGAGAGAGGCAAAGUUCUGGACUGUGCUGAGAUGCUAGCAGAGCCCUGCAGAAAGAAACUCCAGAAACCCAACCCAGGACCCGCUGCUACACCUAAACAAACAACUCCCGCGUUCCUUAUUCGGCAGAAACGGAGUAACCACUUGGCUUCGCUCGAGAUCCUUAGAAAGGAAAACCAGCAAAUCUGACGUUGCCAGGUUCUUGCACUGACGGUUUUAAUAUGUGUUACUGAAGAAAGGAAGCGUUGUUCAAACUUCUGUGUGUGUGUGUGUGUGUGUGUGAGAGAUGCAGUCGGAUCUUGUCCUGACCCCAGCUGUAUAGCCCUGCUAUUGGUAAAAGCAUCAUAGGGUUAACAGACAGGGACUGCACGGAAAGGUAAGCUUUCACCUGAACGUUGCAGAACAAGGUUUUGUCUCCCAUAAGGUUUUAAAAUGCAUUGUACAGGUGCUUCAUGUCAAAUGUUGGUACGAUGAAAAUGCCCUUGCACU